CAUCGCCCGUUACGUUAGCUCAGAAGCUAAAAGAAAGCUAGCUCGCGGCUCAGGGGGGCAAAUCGCUCGUGCUCUAAAAGGACGACCUAAGUAACUAUUUGACCGAUUUUAUCCAAACCAAGCCAUUUUGCUCGUAAAGGUCGUGGUGAGUAUUUUGUUACCAGACAUUUUUCAUUUUUCCUUCCUUUUUCUUUUGUUUUUGGAUUUUUUCUACGCCUUUUUUUUCCUCUAUUUUGCGAGCGGACGUAAUGUGCUGGCUAGCAGAGGUAGCUAGCUCAUCCCCCCUUCAAUAAAGCACACACGCUGGUUUAGAAACACGACGCUUUGGAUGCAUUCUAGCGACAGUUUUACAUUUUUGCAAGUGUGCCUAGCUUGAUUUUUUUGUAGUGUUUAUUGUGAAGAUUUUUCUUUGAUGGGACUGAAUUGUUUUUGGCUCGCCGGCCAGCUAAUGUUAGCACUAGCUAACAGCGUUGAUGUGAUAGCCGCAGCGUCAUCCUCAUCCCUGGUUGGUUGCAGAAUAUCGACUGCCAAUUUAUGAGAAUUUUGCAGGCUUUGUUUUUCUUUUUGCGAGGAAAAGAGGGACUUGUCUGAUUUUGGUGUAUUUUUCAUGCUUUUCAAUGUGGUGGUUGGCUAACAUUUCGCCAUGCUAGCCGGCUUUGAGCUCCCGAGGCUGGCGCAGGGCCUGUAUAUCAAACUGAGGCCAGCAGGUGGCGCUGUCGGCGUGUGUUGUGGAUGGUUUAGGUAAUUUUUUUUCUUUCUUUUUUGUGAUAAUCCGUAGACUUCAUUUUUCUGGCCUGGACAGUUGGUAUUUUUUUCGUGGAUUAGAUUUUCUUCGUGAUUUUUCUCGACCUCCAGUUAUGCUUUUUUCUUUUUUUUUCCUCUGAUUUUGGGAUUUUGGAAGCUUUGGACUGUCUGCGGUUUCAUGUUGCAUAACGUUACUGAACACACUUCUGAUUAAACGUUUCACAUGAAAGAGUAUUAUGACUGUUUAUGUGAAUCAGAUCACCCCCUAUGUAUUCACUACUGGCCCACACACACGUGACACCCCACAACAAUGGAGGGAAGAAUGAUCCUAAUUACUGUAAAACACAGUCAAGGGCAGCAUUGCAAAAUGUAACUUUUCAGUAUUGUUUCCUCGUGCAACACGUCCUCACUCUGUAACUUCAUUAUCUGAUGAACUUCACAUACAUUUUUCUUUGUAGGAUGACAGAUUUUUAUAAAGAUGGAAUUAGUCCUUCCCGCAGACCUGCCCCUAAUUAUUUUCCUUCACAGUGAAAGUGACACAAUUCAUCAUUUAGUAAGCAUUUAACAUAAAUUAAAACGGAGUCCAACAAAAUGCAAUCAAACACAUUUCACUGGAUUCCUUCGAGAUUAUUUAUAUAAGUAUGUAAACCUCUCACACGUUUUGAUUCGUGAUACCCUUACCCCUGGUGUUGUUUGACAAAUUCACUGCUCUGUCCCUGUUUUUUUUUUUAAAAUGCUGAUGGUUCAAAUUUUGCGGAUUUUUAAGGUUAUUAGAAAUACUUGCUUCAUAUCACUACACAACCAAAUCCAUUGUCGAUAGGUUUUACUGCCCAUUCUGUAAAGUAAAGGUAAAAUGUUUUAUUUAGACUGAUUGCAGCACCACACACACAACACAGUGCCCCCUCUAAACUUAUUUACUCACUUUUUACUUACUUACUCUGCUCAUGUAGGCAUGAACAAAUGGUCCCAUGAACCAGUCUGCCAUGAAAGGCAUUUUAGUUUAAGAGCUUAUAAAUCAAAUGUAAGACUGAAGAUAUGAGUCUUUGAAGGAAACUGCUAAAAUGUUAUUUCACACACACUGAACAUGUGAACCGGUUGAGCAAACCCAGGCUAAAUUCUUGUCAAUGAGUACAAGGUUUCUGUCAUUGUAGCCAUUCUGUCACUGCGCACAGUUUAUAAUUAACGGCUCCACAUUUCUUCCACAUGCACAGAGGCCUAGUUGUAGUCUUGGAGAUCCCCACGGCUCCUUGUUGUUUACUGGAGCUGUGUGGCGAAUGUUUGCUGCACACAUUCCCACCAGGUAAGACUUGGUACAAGAUAACCCUGCUCAGUUUGACUGAGGUGUGUUUUCUGUCACCUCAGUAUAAAUCGAGAGGGGCGAAGGUGAAGGUCGACACACCAGCCCAAACUGAACUGAGCCCAGCCCACAGUGUCAAACCUCAGACAGACGACUGCCCUGCACACAGACGCUAUGGAUCGUUCGCCCUCCACCUCCAGCCUGAUGGCCAGCAGCAACGUCACCAACAAGACCGACCCGCGCUCCCUCAACUCGCGGGUCUUCAUCGGGAACCUCAACACCCUGCUGGUCACCAAGGCCGACGUCGAGGCCAUCUUCUCCAAGUACGGCAAAAUCGUGGGCUGCUCCGUCCACAAGGGCUACGCCUUCGUCCAGUACGCCAACGAGAGGAACGCCCGCUCCGCCGUGGCCGGGGAGGACGGCAGGAUGAUCGUCGGACAGGUGCUCGACAUCAACCUGGCUGGUGAACCGAAACCACACAGGUCAAAAACCACCAAGCGCUCGGCUGGAGACAUGUACAGUAGCAGUUCCUCUUUCGACCUGGACUAUGAUUUCCAGAGAGAUUAUUACGACAGAAUGUACUCGUACCCGUCCCGCGUCCCCGCCCCCCCUCCCCCCCUGUCGCGGGCCGUCAUCCCGUCCAAGCGGCCCCGGGUCAGCCUGAGCGGAGGAAGCAGCCGGCGAACCAAGAGCAGCUUCUCCUCCUCGUCCAAGAGCAGCCAGAGGACUUCGUCCCGGACCAUGAAGGCCGAUGAGCUUCAGACCAUCAAACGAGAACUGACCCAGAUCAAAAGCAAAGUGGACGACCUGCUGGAGAGCCUGGAGCGCAUGGAGAAGGACCACAGCAAGAAGUCGGAAGUUAAGAGCUCGAAGACGGAGCCGGGAGAAGUGACCUCGCCUCCGCACUCCAGCAGCAAGAAGGACGACGGCCUGAAGAGGGACCGCGAGAACCAGGACAUGAACGACUCGGAGGAGGAGGAGGAGGAAGAGGAGGAGGAGGGAGACCUGCUGGAGGAGGAAGAGGUGAAGAGUCAGGAGAGGGGGGAGGGGGAGGAGGAGGAGGAAGAGGAGGAGGGCGAGCACGUGGAAGGAGACGACGACGCCGACAGUGUCAACGGCGACGAAGACUCGUAGACGCCGAUCUCAGCAACGCAUGCAGCUUUCUUGCAGCUUCCUGUUGGGACUUGGACUCUUGUUUAACACUCAUGUUGUAGAUAGAAACGUAAACACACACACACACACACACACACACACACACAGAAGCAUGGUGCACACACACGCUGUCCUCACGUCCUUCCUGAAUCUGCUCUACUUGGUUUCUCUCUGCCAGUGUCACAGUAACAUGAAUAUCUAGCAGUGGGGGGGGGGGGGCCUUGUGUUUUUAGCGGUCUGCGAGACGAGGCAGGGACGUGGACUGUCGUUCUCAGAGACGACGGCUCGACGGACGCGUCUCAACGCGAGGGCGGCGGCUCGGCUCCUCCAGACCAUCGGUUUUAAGUUCAGUGCGUGUUUUUUCUCAUCAGUGGGUUCGUUCGUCCGCGUGUGUCCGUUUUAAUGUCAGUUUUUUAUACACUUUCGUUCAACUGUAAAGGAAUAAAUUGCAAUAAAAUAUAAAAAUUAGA